UCAAGCUGCCGCAUAGCAGACUGGGUCAGUUCCAGUUCCUGCUGCAGGAAGUGAUCGGGUCCCAGUGUGUGUUUGUGUCCCAGCUGAAACUCCACCAUGAGCAAGAAGGCGUUAGUGAUCCUGUCUGCAGGUGCAGAGGAGAUGGAGACCGUCAUCCCUGUGGACGUCAUGCGGAGAGCUGGGAUUUCAGUCACAGUUGCGGGACUGACUGGUAAAGAUCCAAUCCAGUGCAGCAGAAACGUGGUCAUCUGUCCUGACGCCAGCCUGGAGGAGGCCAGAAAACAGGGCCCUUAUGAUGUGGUGUUUCUGCCAGGAGGAAUGCCAGGGGCACAGAAUCUGGCAGAGUCUCCUGCUGUGAAGGAGGUGCUGCAGGAACAAGAUGCCAGGAAAGGUCUGAUCGCAGCCAUCUGUGCAGGUCCCACUGCUCUCCUGGCACAUGGCAUUGGCUACGGCCGCACAGUCACUACGCAUCCUGCCAUGAAGGAGAAAAUGAUGGCUGGAGACCACUAUAAAUAUUCGGAGGCUCGUGUGCAGAAGGAUGGCCACUACAUCACCAGCCGCGGGCCAGGAACCAGCUUUGAGUGCGCACUGACAAUUGUAGAGGAGCUUCUGGGGGCUGAGGUGGUAGCUCAAGUCAAGGCUCCACUUCUUUUGAAGGACUGAACGUAGCUGUGUGUUCAUUUCACAUCCUGCAAGUAGCGCUUCCUGCUGCACAAGUGUGACACUACUGAGACAGCAGAUCCUGUGUAGCAUGGUGCAAUGACUCAAAGUCACUAGUCACAAAUCACUCUGCCCAGAGAAUAAAGGUGUUUCUGUUCUGACAGAUUAUUGUCUUUCUUAGUCAGCAAUGAAAUGCAUCCUUGUGUAGUUUAACACUGAAACAUAGCAUGGGCUAGAAUGGCACUCAGUAGAGCGUGUGCCUCUGCCAAAUUGCCUUAAAGCCUUAAUUGUUUCAGGCUUUUUUUCAUCAAGAUCCAUGAAUUAUUAUUUAUUUUAAAGAAAGUGAAUAAAAAAAUUCCUUAUUCUGAUUCCUGAUUCGCACCAAAAUGUGUUGGAGUCCUUUCCUGACCCUUAUCACAUCUUUCCAAACUUGCUUACAAACAAUUAGGGGUUAAAACAUAACCUCUUAUGGCAGCGAAUGGAACAAUGAAUGGAAAUGCUUUCAAAAUCUGAAAUGCAUUUAGUUUGAUUGUAGUUUCUCCACUGAUGCUUCUGUCAUUAUACUUACUGCUUUAUUACUUCACGUGCCAUAUACCUUCAGAUAAGAUAAGAUAAAACUUUAUUGAUCCACACAAAAAAGAGUUUGCACAAUAUAUCCCCCCAUUCAUUGUAGUGGUUUGUGUAGAAAAGUAAAGUGCAGUGGCACGAGCAAGUAAAAAUCUGUACAUAAGAAAUAAAACCUGUUUGUACAUCAACACAAAUGUACAAGUUAUUUUUUGUUAUAAAUAGUGUAGGGAAUCAUUCAUGGAUCUUGAUGAGAAAGAAUGAGGUGUUUCCAGGGGCUGAUGUCUAUGGGUGUGAGAUUUGGUGCUGCUUGAUUGAAUUUAAGGGACUGUUGGGCCCAAGAAAUAUCCCCAUGGGGACAAUAAAGAAUAUUUGAUUGAAACCUUU